ACAAGAUCGAGAACAUCUCUAGUGCCUAUAAGGUUUAUUCAGAUUUUUGGAUUUUUCACCCAACCAAACAGAAGCCAUGCAGAUGCCUAGAAGAGCUUAUGAAACCUAUGGACAAUCAGUGCGCCCUUUCCAUCCGGACUAUGCCACUUCAUCAAAACCAAGCAUAGGGAAAUCCUUCACAAUCGAAGCUCUGCUUGCGAGGCCUGACCAUACAGAGAGAUACAGGACAAGUGUGUCUCGGAACAUAUCCAACCAAGCGCCAGUCCCGAGCUCCGCCGUCCCAUUUGCGACACAGGUGUAUUCGCAAAUGCCACAUUUUGCGUUCAACCAGAGCAUCAUGCAUGCGCAGACUGGGUAUCCUGUCUUCUGCUACCCGCCUUACAACUACCAGACAACAUGUCGUGGAGCUAUGUACGCACAAGAUUCUGUACUGGCCAAAGCAGCAGUCCACGCUCACUAUAAACACAAAGCUGGAAAAUCAAAGCGGAUGCGCACAAGUUUUACGAACGAGCAGCUUUCCAGACUUGAGAAGGAGUUCGCACGGCAGCAGUAUAUGGUCGGAUCAGAGCGCUUCCUCUUGGCAUCUGCCCUCCAACUCACAGAAGCACAGGUUAAAGUUUGGUUCCAGAACAGACGCAUCAAGUGGAGAAAACAGAGUCUUGAGCAACAGCAAGCCAAACUAGCCAAACUGGGACUCGCUGUGCCUCCAAAAAGCCCCGGAUCCCAGGGCAGAGAGGACGAGGAGAGAGAUUUCACAGAAGAGUCUGAUGUAGACAUUGACAUCGACGAUUCACUUCAAGACUGAAAAAAAAAACACACUAGCUUUUACUUUUAUAGAGUGUGUUUUUGUACAUAUUUGAUUUUCUCUAGAUGACACAGUCUUCUUUAUUUGUGCAAAUAUUUAAUUAAUAGAUUUAUAUUUAAGGUGUUUCUCUUACACACCAUUGCUCUUAUAAGAGUAUCUUUGUUUUCGUUAAAACGUUUGUUUAUUGAUGAAAUAAAGGAAAUAUAUUUUUAAAA